ACGGAGGGUCUCCCGCCCGUGGCGGGGCUGCGUCUACUGCGGAGGGUGCGGGAGGCUGCGGCGGCCGGGGCCGGGGUACGGGCCGGGAGGCUGAGGCUGGCACGGCGGGCACUGGGGGCCCUGCCCCCAAGGCGAUGAUGGGCAAGGAGGAGGAGAUAGCGCGGAUCGCCCGGAGGCUGGACAAGAUGGUGACCAAGAAGAGCGCGGAGGGAGCCAUGGACCUGCUGCGGGAGCUGAAGGCCAUGCCUGUCACACUGCAUCUGCUGCAGUCCACCCGUGUUGGCAUGUCCGUCAAUGCCCUGCGGAAGCAGAGCUCGGAUGAGGAGGUCGUCACACUAGCCAAGUCCCUCAUCAAGUCCUGGAAGAAGCUCUUGGAUGCUUCAGACGCCAAAGCCAGGGAGCGGAGGAGGGGCGGGUCUCUGCCCACGUCAUCCUCCAAGGAGGCCUCUGAGGCCCAGGACCCCAGCCGCAAGAGGCCAGAGCUGCCCAGGAUGCCCUCAACACCAAGGAUCACCACGUUUCCCCCCGUGCCAGUCACCUGUGACGCUGUGCGAACCAAGUGUCGUGAGAUGCUGACCGCUGCUCUGCAGACAGACCAUGACCACGUGGCCAUUGGUGCAGACUGCGAGUGCCUGGCGGGCCAGAUCGAAGAAUGUAUCUUCCGGGACGUGGGAAACACAGACAUGAAGUACAAGAACCGCGUGCGGAGCCGCCUCUCCAACCUAAAGGAUGCCAAGAACCCCGGCCUGCGGCGCAACGUGCUGUGUGGCGCCAUCACGCCCCAGCAGAUUGCUGUCAUGACCUCAGAGGAGAUGGCUAGCGAUGAGCUGAAGGAGAUCCGCAAGGCCAUGACCAAGGAGGCCAUCCGUGAGCACCAGAUGGCGCGCACAGGUGGCACACAGACGGACCUGUUUACCUGUGGCAAGUGCAGAAAGAAGAACUGCACCUACACGCAGGUGCAGACCCGCAGCUCUGAUGAGCCGAUGACCACCUUCGUUGUCUGCAAUGAGUGUGGGAACCGCUGGAAGUUCUGCUGAGCCCUUGUGCACGUGUGCCUGCAGCCUUGGGCUAUGGCCAGUGCUGGCCAGUGCCCUUUCCCCAUCCUCUGCUGACAGAUACAGACACAGCUUCUUGGAAACCUGCCCUCAGAAGGCAGCACACUCUGCCCCGUCCUACCUGCAGUGCACCUUUCCCCUCAAAUCAUUAAAUGUUUCUUUUUGCCAC